AUGUCCCGGCGCGGCGCGGCCUCGGCGCCGCUGGUGACCUUGCUUGUGUCACUGCUGCUGGCGGCGACGGCGGCGCUGGCCUAUGCCGGCAUGCUAGCCCUGCGAGCUCCGUCCUCUUCGCCUUUCUCUCCUUCGGCCGGCCUGGCCAGCGUCAGCGUCGGGGCACCAGCCGGCGCAUUGGCAAGUGCGUCGACGAGCACCUCCUCCAGCGCAUCGACGAGCACCUCCGCCAGCGCCUCCACGAGCACCUCCGCCAGCGCCUCCACGAGCGCCUCCGCCAGCGCCUCCACGAGCGCCUCCGCCAGCGCCUCCACGAGCACCUCCGCCAGCGCCUCCACGAGCACCUCUGCCAGCGCAUCAACGAGCGCCUCUGCCAGCGCCUCCGCCAGCGCCUCCACGAGUACUUCCGCCAGCGCCUCCACGAGUACCUCCGCCAGCGCAUCCGACAGCACCUCAACCAGUGCCAGCAGCCCCGGCAGCCAGUCCUCCGCCCCGGCAGCCUGCGAUGACCCCCUCUGCCUGGAGUGCGACAGGCCGCACGUAUGCACCCUCUGCCCGGCGGGGCUGUUCCUGUCGCGCGGCAAGUGCGUCUACCAGUGCGAGAUGCUCUUCAAGUUCCGCGUGCUGGACCCGACCGACGGGACGAUCCGCUGCACCCAGUCGCACGGGGUGGAGCACUGCGACAUGGCCAUCAUCAAUAGCACCCGGUGCGCGGUGUGCCUGGAUGGCUUCGGCCUGUCGGCCGAGGAAAAGUGCAUCCCCUGCAUGGAGGCCGGCUGCGCCCACUGCCCGCGGUAUGACCAGUGCGAGCGCUGCCAGGCGGACCACUUUUUCCUGGCCGGCGCCUGCCACCGGGACUGCCCGGAGCGCUUCUUCGGCGAGCGGACCCCCACGGACGGCCCCUACGGCGGGGCCUGCCGGGCCUGCCACCCGGACUGCCGGACAUGCGACGGGCCGGCCGGCAGCGCCUGCACCGAGUGCGACCACCCGCUGGUCAUUCGCCAGCCCAUCCCGCCGGUCGAUCCGCCCCUCGCCCGGGGGCCCUGCGUGCAGGACUGCAUGAAUGUCCCCUCCCAGUGUGCCGUCUGCCAGGAGGGCUGUGCCAGCUGCCGGCUGCGCGACCCCCAUGCCCCGCUGCCGGACACCCGGGACUCCGUGUGCAUGGAGUGCCAUGCGCCGCUGGUGCUGCUGGAUGGCCUCUGCCUGGAGGCCUGCCCCCCGAGGCAUGCCACCAUGGAGGCCGGCUACUGCGCGGCCUGCAGCACCCGCUGCGGCGACCGGUGCACCGGGCCCGGGCAUGACCAAUGCAGCGACUGCCCGCCGGACAUGGUCCUCCAGGGGGGCGAGUGCCGGGCCGAGUGCUCGCCCAUCGGCUGGUUUGCCCCGACGCCGGGCACCUGCGAGCGGUGCCACCUCUCCUGCGGCCAGUGCUACGAUGCCCUGGAGGACGGGUGCAAGUCCUGCCCCCGGGCCAGCUUCACCCUGCCGGCGCCGCGGCUGCCCGGCGGCCGGCGCUGCCUGGCCGCCUGCCCGGAUGGCUACUAUGCCGAUGCCCAGCUGUGCACCCCGUGCCAUGGGACCUGUGCCACCUGCACCGGGCCCGAGAGCAGCAAUUGCACGGCCUGCCCGGCCGGGGACUUCCUCCAGCCGCCGGCCGACAAGCCGGAGCUCGGGACCACCUGCCGGGCCGACUGCCCCCCGGGGCUGACCCCCUCCGAGGACACCGGCGCCUGCCAAGUGUGCCCCAACCGGUGCGAGCGCUGCGAGGCCGAUGACAAGGGCAGCCAGCAGCCCGGCGAGUGUAUCCUCUGCCGCGAGGGGUCCUUCAUGCUGCCGGACACCGGGGCCUCGGAGGGGCCGGCCUGUGCGGAGACCUGCCCGGCCGGGUACUUCGGCCAUGCCGGCGACCGGGUGUGCCGCCCCUGCACCGGGGCCUGUGCCCGGUGCACCGGGGCCGGGGACUUUUGCACGGCCUGCCUCGGGGCCGGCCCCGAGGGGCCGCUCCUGUCCGAGGCAUCGGGCCGCUGCGUCGAGGCCUGCCCCCCCGGCGAGUAUGCGCACUGGGCCGACCCGCAGGCCGGCCGGUGCCGGGCCUGCCACGGCACCUGUGCCACAUGCGCCGAGCCCGGCGAGGACAAGUGCACCGCCUGCCGGCCGGGCCUGGCCCGGCAUGGGGGCCACUGCCUGGAAGCCUGCCCGGAGGGCUUCUGGCUGGAUGCCGGCGAUGGGGCCACCUGCCGCGCCUGUGCCACCGACUGUGCCACCUGCUCCGGGCCCGGGCCCGCCGGGUGCACCGCCUGCCAUGAGCCGUACUUCCUCCUGGCCGGGACCGGCUGCCAGUAUGACUGCCCGAGCGAGGGGUUCUGGAAGGAUGUCCCCGGGCGCCGGUGUGUCCCCUGCCCGGAGGGCUGCAUCGAGUGCACCGACCGGCCGGAUGACUGCCUGCGGUGCCGGGUGCCGGGGGUCCUGCACCGGCCCUGGCCCUCGGCCCCGGGCCAAUGCCUGGCCACCUGCCCGCCGGCAUUCUUCGAGGACCACGCCGACAGCUCGGCCCUGGUGUGCACCGCCUGCGAGGAGGGCUGCCUGGUGUGCCUCGGCCCGGCGGCCGACGAUUGCCUCGAGCGAGCAUGCCCCGACUGCCACCAGGGCACCCCCCUGCGCAUGGUCCUCGGCCUGUCCAUCGGCCUGGGGCUCCUGUUCCUGGUGGUCCUGUCGCUGGUCAUCGUCGGGCUGCUGGUGGCCGGCCGGCCGCGGCUCCUGCGCCACAAGAAGCCCCACGACGCCGAGACCGAGGCCCUGGAGCUGGACGACGCCAAUCGCACCGUCAUGAACACCAUCUUCGACAUCGCCCUGCCGGGCUUCCUCCUGCUGGACCUCAAGCGCGAUGUGCAGUUCCUCCACGACGAGUCGGAGCUCGGCAAGGGCGCCCAGGCGGCCGUGGUCGAGGCCCGGAUCUUCUCCCCGGAGCUCAUGCAGCGCGCCAGCAACCAGGACCUUGUGGCCGUCAAAUUGGUGACCGGCUCCAACCCGCAGCAGGCCAUGUCGGUCAUGGAGAACGAGGUGUCCCUCAUGUGGACCCUGGCCAUGUCGCCGCAUGUGGCCACCCUGCUGGGCUACUCGGUGGCCCCGCUGGCCAUCGUCAUGCGGCUGUACAGCACCAGCCUCGACCGGGUCCUCCACCUGUCGGAGGACGAUCCCUCCGAGGCGCAGGCCAUGCGCCUGGCGUGCGACAUCGCCACCGGGCUGGAGUUCAUCCACGGCUCCGGCAUCGUCCAUCUGGACAUCAAGCCGGCCAAUGUGUUCCUGGCGCCGGACCCCGCCGGCAGCGGGCUCCUGCGCGCGGCCAUCGGGGACUUUGGCAUCGCCCGCAGCGUCGAGCGCGGGUCGCUGCUGGUGUCCUCGCUCAAUGUCCGCGGCUGCAGCCCGCCCUACACCGCGCCCGAGUUCCUCCGCGACAAUGCCAUCUACCGCGCAAGCCAAAACCUCCGCGAAACCAACAUCUCCACCAAGGCCAUGUCCGGGGGCGACCUCUUCGCCUGCGACACAUACUCCUUCGGCGUGGUCCUCUGGCAGCUGGUGUCCAAGACCCGGCCCUGGUCCGGCCUCGCCACCCUCGAGCUGAUCGAGCGCGUGGUGGCCGGCGACCGGCCGGACACCUCGGCCGAGGCCAUCCGCCUGCCGGCCACCUCGCCGGCCGUGCGCACACUCCUCGACGUGGCGGCCGCCUGCUGGGACCACGACCCUGCCGAGCGCCCGACCAUGGCCAGCGCCCAGCAGCGGCUGUCCCCCCUGAGCCCGGCCAACUGAGAGCCCCCCGGGCCCCUCCGGCCCGCCGCGCUGCCCUCCUGCGGCGUCCGGCCGGCUGCCCCGGGGGCCGCGCCUCGCCGGCCUCCCCCUCCCCCCGCACAUGCUACACACACAUGGCUGGGCCCGAGCGGGGGGCAGUCUCCCCCUCUCGCGCCCCGCCCCCCCCGUGCUUCCGCCCCCCGGGACAAUACACAACACGCUCCAACAGUG